UGAGGGGUUUGGGGACCUCUCACCUUGGGAAAAAAACACACUUUUCAUCCCGCACAGCUAUUUCUGGAGUUUUCUCCUCGUGUGUAUUUGUGUGUGUGUGUGUGUGUCUUAAUUCCAUCUCUGCUUAACACUUCGCUCCCUAAUCCGACCGGCCCUCUUAAAAGCUGCUGCAUCACUUCAGGGCUCCAGAGCACAUCUUUACUUCCCAGAGAUCCGUCCCUCUCCGGCUGCCCUCUCUCUCUCUCCCUCGCCCAUUUGCCCUACACGAGAAGAGUCUCUCUGAAAAAGAAACCCACGGCUCGCAGCCAUGAACGGACGGAGGGACCCGACUUCUACGUGCCCAUGUCCAACAGUGCCCUGGAGGUACUCUCUGCUGGCCGCCUACAUGCUCCUCCUCAUCGCCGCCGCCUUCCCCGUCAACUUCCUCACCCUCUACGUCACGGUGAAAAACAAGAAGCUGCGGAACCCGCUGAACUUCAUCCUGCUCAACCUGGCGGCGGCCGACCUCUUCCUGGUGGUCGGGGGCUUCACGGUCACCCUCUACACGGCGCUGCACGGCUACUUCAUCCUGGGGGUCACCGGCUGCAACGUCGAGGGUUUCUUCGCCACCAUGGGAGGAGAGAUCGCUCUGUGGUCUCUGGUGGUUCUGGCCGUGGAGCGCUACGUCGUGGUCUGCAAGCCGAUGAGCAGCUUCCGCUUUGGGGAGAAGCACGCCGUCGCGGGUGUGGCGGUCACGCGGGUCAUGGCCCUGACCUGCGCCGCCCCCCCUCUGCUCGGAUGGUCCCGGUACUCACAUCAGCUCGCCUCCUGCUCCGCGAUGAAAGGCGUGGUGGUGUUGAUGGAAAUCCGCAGGUACGUCCCGGAGGGAAUGCAGUGUUCCUGCGGGAUCGACUACUACACUCCCAAGCCCGAGAUCGGCAACACCUCAUUCGUCAUCUAUAUGUUCGUCCUCCAUUUCUCGAUCCCCCUCUUCAUCAUCUUCUUCUGCUACGGUCGCCUCCUCUGCACUGUGCGAGCGGCGGCAGCCCUGCAGCAGGAGUCUGAAACCACCCAUCGGGCGGAGAGGGAGGUGACGCGCAUGGUGGUCGUCAUGGUGAUCGCCUUCCUGGUGUGCUGGGUGCCCUACGCCAUCUUCGCCAACCAAGGAGCCGAGUUCGGACCCGUGUUCAUGACGGCGCCGGCCUUCUUCGCCAAGAGUUCUGCUCUGUACAACCCGGUCAUCUACAUCCUGCUGAACCGACAGGUUCUCCGAGACGUUCCAGAUGGCGCCGCAUCUCAAAAAAACAUCAUCGUCAUCAUCAGACACGUCAGAAACCCUAAAUACUGUAAUUUAUUACACAAACUCUUUGACAGAUCAUUUGGCAUCAUGAAUACGGUCUCUCCGUUACAUCGAGCUCACGUCGUUUCGUCGAGAAAAAAAACAACGUGAAAUUCCUUCGU